UAACCCAGAUUAUGUGACGGGGCCUUCGGUUGUGACAGGAAGAACAGUGUCUGUACGUCAUGAAAAGCGCAAAUUAUUAUAAUAAACACUUGCAUGCAGAAGCACUCGAAAGAGUUGCAAGUACCGUGUGUCUUGUUCGACCAUAUACGACGAGCAAGGAGAGCUACAGCAAAAUGCACGAUUUACAUACUCGAUUUGAAGUGGAGCACGCCAAAGUAAAAUCAUCGAAAAGCAGUGGCGCAGGGAUGAACGACAUAUACAAACCAUCUUUAUGGUAUUAUGAGAAGUUAAUGUUUUUGGCAGAUCAUUGCUUGCCAAGAAAAAGCACAGCCAUAGGCCUGACUCAACAUUCCAUGACUGAGGACAAUGAAAGUGAAGAGACCUGCAGUCUCUCCUCUUCUCAAAGUGUGGAUAUACAGCCAUCUCCACAUCAAAACAUGGAAGACUGUUAUAGUCUCAAUGUGGAUAUGCUGAACGAUGUCUGCAUUGUGGAACAAUGUGCAGAAGCACCACCAACUACAACUACAACAACAACAACAACAACAACAACAACAACAACAUCACCUAUCCAUGCCCCUCAAAGCAGGGAUGGAAGAAGGAAGAGGCCUGGUGAUGGGUACACGAGUGCUGUUGAGAUAAUAGCUAAUAAAAUAUGUGCCACCCAAGACCGCCAACAACCCUCGGCAGAGUUAACUGUGGAUAGCUGCAUGGUAUUCGUUGGUAACCUUGCAAAGGAAAUCAAGAGCAGUGAAAUCAGAAUGCAAUUAAUAAGAGACCUCAUUAAUGUAACAACAGAAGCAAAGCUGAAAGAUCUACAGGUACAAAUGCAGAACUCGAGUGAAAGUGAAAUUGUGUAAGUUUGUGAUUUCCAUGAUGUACAGAAAAUAAAUGGUAUUUAAAAUUA